UUUCAGAAAUGAUCUAACUAGCUCCUACAGUUAUAGUCUUUAACCUUUAACGGUAAUUUCGUUUUCGUAGAUGGAACGUACAACUAAAAUCGCUGUUAUUUUUCUUCUGCUGCAGCUUGUGGAUUUGGGGUUUGCCGCGACAUCAAAACAAUCCACAAUAACUCUAUCUCGAAGAAGAUUCAUUUAUUACAGAAGAAGGUACUACUACCCUUACUACCACCACACCAACUGGAACACAUGGAACACGUGGUACACAUGGAACAACUUGCACUACUGUCGUCGCCGGUAUUAUUAUAAAGUUGGCGAUCAAGCACCCACUGAAGAACAUGAAAUGAAUGACGAGAAAAUGAACGAAGAAAUGGCGGACUUCGAUGAGUUCAUGAAACAGCAUGCACAAGAAUAAAGUAAUUAAUUAAAAUCUGAUGCAUUUACUUUUUAUUCCUUCAAUGUGGAAUGUGUUGUUCAUUUUUAAGGUUCUCGCCCCGAUGUUUUACCUUACCAGAAAUACAAGUUAAUAUACAAGAAAAACGUA